CGGAAUCAUUAGGUUCGUCCAAGAAACAAUAUGUAUAUAUUAUAUAGACAUCGCAGGUACCAUAUCCAAAUAUAGACAUGUUUCUACGUGAAGGAGCAAAAAGAAUCGUGGCAUGUUUUCCGUGGGCAGCGCUUUACAGAAGAACCCUUGGUUACUAGUAUUUUGACCGAGGCCGCUUGGAAGGAGAUAAUAGUAUUCCAAUAUAUGCUCAACAUGCCAGCUGUUCAGCAUUCCUACGUCACCGAGCAAGAGUAUGCCCUUGCCAAUGCUUAGGCUUAGCAACCCAAACCCAACAAUAGCGGUUGUAUGUAUAUAUAUAUACAGGUUAACUGAAGUUGCCAAUUGGAUCUUGCGUGAUCACGCUUUGCAUUGCAUAUGGGCGACUUGUGAACGGUGACCACCCCAAUUUGUUGUUGGUAGAAGGCCGACUUCCAUUUUCUUUGGCCUACGUGCAUAUGUGGGCACAAACACCCCUGCUGUCAAGCAUCGAAACAACAACACAUGUAAUGUUCGGACUACCGCUAGAUUUUUAAGCCCUUCCACGAACCAGUUGGAUAAUCCAGGUGCGAGAUGGUGUGCAAGACGAGUAGCGGCCUUAAGGUUCAUGUGGCUGAUUUCACAAUGUUGGCUGUGACCUUUUGCUUUUCGGUUUUGCCAAGGUCUCUUGUGAGAUAUCUGCUCGAGGUCAAAAUUGUCUCGGCGCGGAACAUCCCUGCAAGUGACCGACAGCAAUUUGUUGUAGGAUUGGCGAGGUGCGAGAACCCUGUGAAAUUUCGCACAAAGACGUCAAGCACCAGAGACAAAGCUGUGUGGAACCAGGCCUCCAAACUUCAGAUUGGUCAUGGGGACUUCCUGACAUUUAGAGUUCAAGACAAGGACUCUGAAGAUCCCAUGUCCUUCAUUGCACAAGCCAAACUCCAGUUCGACCUUAUGAUCCCCUCAGGUUUUGAAGACGAGCUUCCUUUGGAGGAUGUCAGUGGGAACAAGGUUGCUGGUGCAGGCCUCAAGGUUCGUGUGCGCGUCCAAGGAGCUCGCAACGCAGGCCAGGAGGCAUGAUACCGUUCGAGGUCAGGCGUGCUCAGUACAGCCUGAUGCACGACGGCAGAAGUCUAAAUUGGCAGUAGGUUGCACAAUGUUGCACCAUGUCACUACCACCACAUCAUCAUUCCCAACGCGUCAAGCAAUUCUAUGCAACAUUUUGCAACUUUCUCUGUUUGGCUAUUUGGCAUGUAUGCUUUUACAGACCGUGGGAGCUGGUCUAUGGUGUGUAUUUUCCUACGUCUCACCUGACUUGCCCAAUCAGCAGUCAGCUCUCUUCAGUGUGAGUGAGACAGAGGCGUGCAUAGACGC